AUGGCAACUGUAACAACUGGUCGUGAUGAUAUAUCUCCUGUACUUGAUCCACAUUUAUUUACAUUUAAACCAAAACUUAAUCAAAAAAGUAAUGAAAUAGCUCAAAAUCUUUUAUCAGAUUUUUAUCAACGACAACUACAACAUGUUAAACGACUUCAAGAAUUUAAAGAAUUAGCUGCUAGUAAUUAUCGUCAAUGGUAUUGUCGUGAAAAACGAUCAAAAUAUCAAAAUGAAAAUAACAGAACAAUUUCAGAGAGCAAACCCAUAGCAGAUGAAGUAUUAUCUGCUGACGAUAACGAACCAUCACCAGCACCUAUAAAAGAAAUCAAUAAAACUCGUGAACGCUUAGCACAACUGGUUCGUAUAUAUCGUACACCUUUACCAAGACGACCAGGAUUACCAGCAGCACUCAUACAAGCACGAUCGACUAUACCAGUACCAGGACGAUCUGGAUCAUCGGAAGUAUCAGCAAUAACAGCACCACUACCAGCGCCAGUACCACCAUCACAACCGGCUCCAGUUUUGAUACGACCAUCUCGACGAAUUUCACCCAUAGUUCGUCCUAAAUCACCACCUAAAGUUGUUCGUCAAUCUGAUGUAUCACCAAAACGUCCUAUAUUAAAUGAUUCAAUUAAUAUUGAAAGACUUAAACUUGCAAGAGAUGAAGCUGAACGAGCUAUGAAAGAACAUAAAAUAUUUACAAUCAUUGGUCCAUAUCCAGCUUUACGAGAAUCUCUACGACGUCGUGGUUGGAUUGAAAAAUUUGAUCGUUGUCCGUCAUUACCAUCAAUUCAUGGAAAUAAAAAAUCUGAUAAAAGAAAUAAUAAAAGUGAUGAUGAUGAUGAUGACGAUAAUAAUAAUAAUGAUGAUGAAUUGGGUGAUGAUGAUCUUGAUGAAAGUCCUAUAGAUGAUGAUGAUGAUAAAAUUCCACCAUGGGAAGAAAAUGAUGGUUAUUAUGGACUUUUAUCACGUCUUGUUAAAACAGCUCCACCAGAUUUUAUAUGGAGUGUACGAGCUACAUAUGAUACAAGUACUUUAAAUAAAGAUCAAAUGGUUAAUCAUUAUUCACGAAAUGGUUGUUUUACAACAAAGGUUGGUCUUUGUAGUAGUCUUAAAAGUUUACCAUGGUUUCAUUCGGGUUGUGCCGAUGAAUUUUAUCCACGAUGUUAUAAAAUAACACAUGACGAUGAUAAAAUUGCAUUUAUUGAUGAUUAUCGUUUAACAUCAUGUAUAAGUUUUCUUAAACUUGUUCAAAAUCGUUGUAGAGGAAUUAUUGAACCUGAUAUGAAUUCAAUAUUAGCUAUGAGUUCCGAUGAUCGUACAGCUAUUGAUCCAUCAUUAAAUUCAGAUGAUGAUCAACAAUUACUAGGAAUAAAUGCAACAAUUUCAAGUCCAUCAUCAGCUAAACCUGUUCUAGGAAAAAUUCCAUCAACAAAAAAAGUGCCUUCAUCAUUUAUUGAAUUUGCUUUAAAUAACGUUGAACAAUUUACAUUAUCAUGUAAUCAUGAAGAUAUUGAUAUUAAUCUUAAUUCACAAAAUGAUUCAACCGAUGAACAAUGGACACAAUUUAUUGAACAAUUCUAUGCUGCAUCACAUUCUUAUAUGGAAAUUGAAGGAAUGGAAACAUAUUUAAAUAAAGUUGAUGAAUGUCUGAAAAAUGUUGAACAACAUUGGCCACAAUAUCAUAUUGAUGGAACAAGAAAUAUCUGGAUACUGAAGCCAGGUGCUAAAUCAAGAGGACGAGGAAUUGUUGUUUAUGAUCGUCUUGAUGAUAUAUUAAAAUUAUGUUCAUCAUCAUUAAUAAAUGAUAGAAAAUUUGUUGUACAAAAAUAUAUUGAACGACCAUUACUUAUACAUAAUACUAAAUUUGAUAUACGUCAAUGGUUUUUAGUAACUGAUUGGAAUCCAUUAACUAUAUGGAUGUUUAAAGAUUGUUAUUUACGUUUUUGUACGGAACAUUUUAGUUUAUCAACACGACAACAAAAUGUACAUUUAUGUAAUUAUUCAAUACAAAAACAUUAUAAAAAUAAUUCAAAUCGACAUAUCGAUUUACCGGUGGAAAAUAUGUGGACAAAUUCUGAAUUUAUUGAAAAAUAUCUUAAACCUAAUAAAUUAGCUGAUAAAUGGAAUUCAUAUAUUUAUCCUGCAAUGAAAGAUGCUAUCAUAUGUUCAAUGCUUGUCGCACAAGAUACAAUUGAACCGAGAAAAAAUUCAUUUGAAUUAUUUGGUGCUGAUUUUAUGCUCGGUGAAGAUCUUAAACCAUGGCUUAUUGAAAUAAAUUGUAGUCCAACAAUGGCUCGUUGUACAGCAGUAACAACAGAAAUGUGUGACGGCGUUCUUGAAGAUACUUGUAAAGUAAUAAUUGAUCGAAAAUAUAAUCGAACAAAUGAUACAGGUCGUUUUGAAAUAAUACAUAAAGGAUUACCUGUACCUGUACCAAUCUAUAUUGGAAUUGAUCUUCGUAUUGAAGGCAAGCCUUGUAAAACUGGCCGAAUACAAAACAAUCAUUCAAAUACAAAUGGAACAAAUCAUAAUAAUACAACAGUAAAUGCACCUGUUUCUGCACCACCACAAAUAUCUUUAUCAAAAGAUAUGUUAACUAAUCAUAAUUCAACACCAUCGUAUUCAACAAGUGCUCUUGAUAAUCAUCAUGAUAGAUCAUCAUCAAAAAAUGAUGAUUUGAUGCAAUCAUCAACAGAUUAUAAUGAUGCUAUGUCAUCAACUGAUUCUAUAUUAGAAAAAACUGAUGUUUGCCAAUAUCAUUUUCAUCCAAAUAAUAAAUCUAAUGAUAUAUCAUUACCAACAAAUGAUACAGGACGUAAACGAUCAAAAACAAAUUCAAAUCGUAUUACAGUUAAUUCGCUUCCAAUUCAACCAUUAAAUAGAGCAAAAAUUAAUGAUCGUAUACCAUCACCAAAAGAACUUAAACCGACGAAUAAUGUUUCAAUUUUUCGUCCAUUUCCAAAAACGUUAUUACCCCGUAAAAAACAAGAAUCACAAUUAGAUAUAAAUAAUUCGAAAGUUUCAGAACAACCAGAAUCAGAUUCAAAUUCUACAAAAUUUCAUUCUGAUUCACCUAUUUCCAUGUUAACCACAGGUACAACAGUUGAUAUUGACACAGAACAUACAACUGUUAUUGCAGUGGCUUAA